AUGGAAGCUAAGAUGAGAGGGAUCCUGAAACGCCAUCGCGGCAUCUCCCUGGGAAAUGGCAACGCAGCUCCAGCCCCGGCUAGGGGCGUAGUGUGUGCUACCGACGUUGGGGAAGCAAAACCAGUGGCUUUAUGUGCGAGACAGAUUGCCGCACCUUUCUUUGUGAAAGUGUUUGAACUCCUGAAGAAGUUGCUGGAGGCAGAGCUCAUUGAGCAUUCAGAAUCCGUGUGGUCAUCACCUAUUGUGAUUGUGCUGAAGAAGAACGGCAUAGACAUCCGAAUAUGUAUUGACUACCGACUUCUGAAUCUGCUCAUAAAGCUAUCUCGCAUUCAAUGA